AGAACGCUGUUCACUGUUCAGUGAGGAUGGUUGUUAAUGGCGACCCACCUCUAGCGUAGAAGAUGGACGAUGGUCCAGUUACUCAAAAUACCUCAGGUCAAAUUGGUUCUUUAGGAACAGGAGUUGGUAUCGUAGCUAAAACAAACCAAGAUGAAUACAAUCAACGGCCUCACUAUUCAAUACCUGGUAUUUUACAUUUUAUUCAACAUGAAUGGGGGAGAUUUGAAACGGAACGAACCCAAUGGGAGGUGGAGAGAGCAGAGCUUCAAGCAAGAAUAGCCUUUCUUCAAGGAGAGAGAAAGGGACAAGAAAAUUUAAAAAAUGACUUAAUUAGGAGAAUAAAGAUGUUAGAAUAUGCCUUAAAACAAGAAAGGGCCAAAUUUCACAAACUAAAGUAUGGAACAGAGCUUAAUGUAGCAGAUUUUAAAGGAACAGUAUAUGAUGAUUUAACAAAAGAUGAAUUUGUAGAUGGGGAUUUGUCCAACAGUAAUGUGUCAUGGAAACAAGGUAGACAACUUCUGAGGCAAUACCUUCAAGAGAUUGGUUAUACUGAUACUGUUAUUGAUGUCCGAUCAUCACGAGUGAGAAAUUUAUUAGGCUUAGCCCCACAUCUUACAGAAUCUGACGAGAAAAAAAAUACAUCCUUAGUCAAUGGUGAACAAUCUCUUAACAGGGUCACUGACACACAAAGAAGAGGAGCAGGAAAAAAACCCACUAACUCAGCAGCAGAAAAUGCACUUAGAGAAACAGAAGCAUCGGUUUUAGCAACAUUUGACUUUCUCGCUUCCGAAAAUAUAGAUAUUGAAGAUGAUGAAGAAGAAAACUUGAGAUUUGCUUUUGAUAGUGAUGAAAAUGGAGAAGAAAGAAACAUGGAAGACAACAAGAGGAUUAUAUCUCAGCAAAAGAUCAUUGCUAAAAACAACAAAACAGAAAGAAUGGAUGAUCUUAUGAUGGAAGAUGCAGAAACUGAAGAAGUGUUGUCAGAAUUUAGUUUUUUAGGACCAGAAUCUGCUAAUGGAUCAAGAGAAGCUAGAAGUCUGGGAGAUAUUGGAGAGUGGGAGAAGUCAGAGAGUGAUUGCGAGGAAGAAUGGGGCACAAGCCCUCAGGCCAUCUCUAAAAUGAUGGAAGAAUUUCGCAGGGAGAGGAACAGGAAAGACACCUUCCAGAGGCCCAAACGGUCUGCACUGCAGGCCAUGUUGGCUACUUUAUCAAAUAGUAGCAAUGAGGAAAACAGGCCAUCAUCUGUUGUCCCUGAUAACUCACCAUUCACAUCAUCACCUUCCUCCAUGUCACAAUCACAGUCUGGCACAGGGUUUUCUUGUGAUACCCCCAGUGGAGACAGUAGAUUUGGGGAGGGUUUGGGUUUGCUUGCCAACUUUGACUCACUUCUUGGGUUUGGAAUUCCACCUGAAGUGAAUACCAAUGGUGUACAUGGGGGAAAUUUAACAUUUGGAUCUGGUUCAAGAUGUCCUCUCCUUGGCUCAAAAUGUGAUGAUGAGAAUAUGGACACAAGCUUAGGACUUGGUGAACUGGCAGGAAUAACAGUCAGUAAUGAAGCUGAAUCUUGCUAUGAUAUUUCAGCAAGUAAAGAAGCUUUUAGAAAAACAUGGAAUGCAAAAUACACACUUCGAAGCCACUUUGAUGGUGUAAGAGCCUUGGCUUUUCAUCCUGAAGAGCCAGUACUAAUCACUGCCUCUGAAGAUCACACACUGAAGCUGUGGAACCUGCAGAAAACUGUCCCAGCUAAAAAAACAGCAUCUCUAGAUGUAGAACCAAUUUAUACUUUCAGAGGUCAUUGUGGAGCUGUUUUAUGUGUAACAAUGAGUGCUACAGGAGAACAGUGUUUUAGUGGUGGCCUGGACUCAACAAUCAAAUGUUGGAACUUGCCAAACUCUAACAUUGACCCCUAUGAUUCAUAUGACCCAGGAGUAAUAACCAGUACACUCAAGGGUCAUUCAGAUGCUGUUUGGGGAUUAUCUGUCCAUAGUUCAAAACUACACUUAUUGUCAUGCUCUGCUGAUGGAACAGUCCGACUCUGGUCUCCACAGGUCAAAGCUUCACUUCUGCAUACAUACUAUGCUGAGAAAGAUGAUGGUCAACCUGCUUCUGUAGACUUUGUUCGUUGUGAUCCUGCACAGAUGGUGGCAGCAUAUGACUCUUCCAAUGCACUAAUCUUUGACUUGGAAACUGGAAAAAAUGUAUUACGUUUGGACACUAUUAACAGUUCAAGUGUAAAUCCAUUAAGUAAACAGAUAAAUCGCAUUGUUUGCCAUCCAACAUUACCUCUUGUAAUUGCAGCAUAUGAAGAUAAGAAUAUUAGAUUUUUUGAUAUCACUACUGGUAAAAUGGUCCAUUCAAUGGUGGCUCAUUUAGAUGCAGUGACUUGCCUUGCAAUUGAUCCUAAUGGGCUUUAUCUUCUCUCUGGAAGUCAUGACUGUUCUAUACGACUUUGGAACAUGGACAACAAGACUUGUGUCCAAGAAAUUACCUCUCACAGAAAGAAAUUUGAUGAAUCCAUUUAUGAUGUGGCUUUCCAUCCAUCAAAGCCCUACAUAGCUAGUGCUGGUGCUGAUGCCCUGGCUAAAGUUUUUGUGUGACAAGAAGCAUGGCUUCUUAGUGGUGGACUUUUAAGUAGCUUAUGCACAAGUGAAAUUAUUGGAACUGUUUUAGGUUUUGUUCUGGAAUAGUGGUAAUAGUAAUGGUAAACUAACCAAUUGCAUUAAAAGAAAAUUAUUUUCAUCUCCAAAAUUUCCACUGUUUGAGAACAAGACAAUACAAACAGCAAAUUCCUGGUUAUUUGUAAACUGAUUUAAUACAACCCAUAUGGUGAAAAGCACUGAUUUUAAUUCUUUAAUUUUACGUCAUUAUUAGUGUGGGCUACCUAGAGAUAGGAUUUUAAUGGUUCUAGGAUGCUAUUUGUUUCUUCUGAAUUUUAGAGAUUUUUACUUCUUAAUGGAUUAAUACAGUAAAGUCUUAUUAUUUGAGAAAUGUUUCUUAUUCUUGUAGUAAACAUUUAGAUCAUUUUUUAUAUGUUAAGUUUUAGAGCCAAGUUUAAAUACAUACUACAAGAGUUAGCAAAAGUCUUGUAAAACUCCAGUUUAGAAAAGCUUUCAUCUCUACUGAGGCAGUAUGUUCCUUGCCAGUGUCCUACCCAAGAACUGUGUUUGUGGACUUUCUUCCAGAUCUUGUAUCAUAAGCUUCUUCUGUGUUGUACAUAUAUAUAAACAGUUGUUGAACUAAGAGCGUACUACCUACCCCUGUGAUUUACCAAUAUAUGAUACUUACCUUUUUUUUCCUUGAAAUUUCAGUGUUUCAACUGCAAUACCUGUGGAAGUCUGUUCUAGUUAAGUUUGUCUCAAUUUGUACAGUGUACAGUGUAGAAAAUGAAUGUUUGUUUAAUAUCGCAAUUGAUCUUUCAAAUGGAAUCUUUGAGAAGCUUUUUUUCUUUCCUGUGAUGUUAUCAUGAAUGACUAAGGCAGCAAGAAUUGUUCUAUACAUGUUUUGUUUUCUUAGUUGGACAAAAUGCCGUGUUGAUUAUCAGAUACAGCUUAUUUUCUCUGAUUUUGAUAUGAUGUACAUGUGAAUUGGUAGAAUGUUUUAUUAAAAAUUAUAUAGGUUGAAUUUUUUUAUCUUAAGUUUUAACUUUACGUUGUAUUCUUCAUCCUGGAACACUAAUAGCAUAAAAGUGUGCUUCAUGAUGUCCUUUUGCUUUCUAACAUUUUAAUACAGGCUGUUUAAGAUACUAUCAUAUUAUAUUUGUUUUUAACUAAUAAAAACUUAUAUAUACUGAACUGAAUCUUUCUUUCAAAACAUGAAAAUUUCAAGCAUGAAUUUAUAUAAGUAAACUAGAAUAAAUGUUUUGAAUAUGUAGCAUUGUAAAGAUCUAUUGGCUGUGCUAAUACUAAUACUCCAUGAUAACUUGUUGAUGUUAAAUGUAGUCUUUUCAUUUUAAAAUUUUCAAUAAACAAAUUAUAAUCUUUAUUAUUUGUAUAUUUGGUGGUAAGGUAGAAGUAUAUCAUUUAUGGUUCGAGUACUAGUCAUCAACCUGUCAAGACUUGAAUAGAAAUAAAUUUUACAACAGUUGGUGUAUUCACCAAAUCUUAAAACAGCCUGUACUAGUUAGAUCUAUAACAAUUUUACACAAAAUAAAUUAAUUUUCAUUGCAAUUGUUUUUGAAUGUAUGUAGUUAACCACAGUAGUAACACCAGUUCUUUAUCUCAAUGUUAGAAAACACUAGAAUAUUAAAUGACGUUACUAACAUCAAGUGAGUAAAAGAGAUGAAGUGAGAACUUCCUUUAUUUUAAUAAAAUUAUUCCUACUAA